ACAAAUUGUUAACCAAGAACUACCUACAACUUAACCAUGCACAGCAAAAUGUCCUCAUCAGCAGGGCACUUCCUCCUGCUGCUCCUCCUGGUGGGCGCCACGAGCCGCGCCGCGGCCACGACCUUUACCAUCACCAACCGGUGCGCCUACACGGUGUGGCCGGCGGCGAUCCCCGUCGGCGGUGGCGCGCGGCUCGACCCGGGUCAGACGUGGUACCUCAAUGUGCCCGGCGGGACCAGCGCCGCCAGGAUCUGGCCCCGCACAGGCUGCGACUUCCGCAACGGCCGAGGGAGCUGCCGAACGGGCGACUGCGGCGGCGCCAUGUAUUGUGGCCUCUCCGGGCAGCCGCCGACGACACUGGCGGAGUUCACACUCACCGGCGACAUGGACUACUACGACAUCUCUGUCAUCGAUGGCUUCAACGUGCCCAUGAACUUCUCUUGCAGCUCUGGCAACGCGCUCCGGUGCAGCGAUGGUGGUUGCGGGGAUGCCUACCACCAGCCCAAUGACGUCAAGACCCAUGCUUGUGGCGGUGGGAACAGGAACUUCCGUAUCACCUUCUGCCCGUGAGCACAGAAGGUGAUAUAAAGUGGACCGUGAUACAUAUAUGCAUGCAUGUAUGAGCGACACGUCACGUGAUCCUAUAUAAUAACGACGUGCGAGAACCACGAUGUAUAUGUACGUACCACAAAUAAUAUAUCCCACUAUAUAUGUGUAUCGUUUUAAAACUUUUA